AUGAUGUUUGUAAGGGAAACUCUUGAUUGUUUCGUAGCCACUAUGAGCACAUGGGUCCUCACUUUCAGUUUCACAACAACUGAACAAGAUUUAAGCAAGCUAAUCUUGGCACCUGAUAUUUUACCACCAAACUUUGCAUUGGAACUACCUUCUCUUUUAUUUGGUACAAAAGGUGGGUCGAAUGACAAGUUUCAAAAUGUAUCAGAAAGUAGUCUGGUAUAUAAGCCCAAGUCAGAGCUCAUUGAUGGGCUUUUCGUUCCACCUAACGAUCCCAAAAAGGUAAACAAAUUACUGAAGAAGCAAGUCAAAGACACAACGGGAAAGAAUUGGUUUGAUAUGCCUGCUCCUACACUCACGCCUGAGUUGAAAAAAGAUCUCAAGCUGCUGAAGUUGCGAAACGUGAUUGAUCCAAAGAGGCAUUAUAAGAAGGGUGACUCCAAAUUAAACAUAUUCCCAAAAUAUUUCCAGGUUGGAACGGUUGUGGAGCCAGUAUCAGAGUAUUUCACCAGUAGACUUACAAAGAAAGAAAGGAAACCAACUCUUGCUGAUGAGCUAUUAUCUGAUCAGUCACUCAAGGUUUACAGGAAGCGGAAGGUCCGAGAGAUUGAAGAGAAAAACCAGCCAGGCGGGGUUGAUAAAUGGAAGAUCAAAGGUAAAAGCUCGUGGAAACGUGCAAAGCAAAGGAGGCAUUGAGUUGUGGAAUUUGAAGUCAUGUAGCCAGAUUACAGAAGUCCUGUUUAAUUCCUCAAAGUUUUGAUCACAUUUUUAUGGAAUUUUGUCAAAAGUUGUUGGAUUAGAUGAUGUUGUAUCCUAAGUUUUGAUUUGUUUUGAAAGGGUGCAAUGCAAGAGAUGAAUUUUUUUUUGGAUCAA